CUAGCAUUAUUUAUUUUCUUUUUCUUAUUUUUAGAGUUCUUCAUGCAAUGAGGAAUUUGAGAGGCAUUUAUACAGAUGCCCUCCAAAUCUUUCUGUAUUACAUACAUGGCCUUUCCCAUACAAAACAAAUUCUGUUGCAUGUUCUAAUAUCCUCAUCUGAGCACAAAAACACACCUUUUUUUCAUUUGUAUGGCCAAAAAAAAGACCGUGACGUUAAGGGUUAAAUAUUUCUAUGCAUAACUUUAACAUAUCUGUAAAUUGGAAAACUGUAAGAAAAUGAAAAGCCCAAACUUUAUAUUUCAAGGCAGAAACUAACCUACAUAAAGAUUUAACGGGCCAUAUUUAAGUUAUUUACUCCAUGGUAGUCUUCUCCAAAGCAACUGGUAUCUGCCAGUUUCAAAGCAGGAUGCCAGAUUAAUAAACACUGGUUCAAUCCCCUAUGCAUUCCUGUAGCACUGAGAAAGUAUUUGGUAACAUUACAGAGAAAGCAUUAACCAGAUGGGCAGUAACAAUAAACAUGGUUUUGAAUGCAUUCUUCACUUCUGGAGAUAAAACACACAGGACCUAUGCACCCUUCUGCUCUUGAGAACUGUUCUGGUGCCUAACAGAUACUGUGGAACUUCCUUGGCUGUUUGUCACAAGUGGGAAGAUCAGACAAACAACUAACUUGUUCCUCCUCCUCUUCACAAAGCUGCCACAGGGCUGGGUAAAAGGCCAGACAAGAGGAACCCUCCCACAUACAGUCAUGAAACUGUGACCACACCAAGAGCCAGGAAAGUGCUGGGGGUGAGGGUUAAACAAAGCACUCAUGCAAACACCAGGGGAUUUAUGGAGUCCAACAACUAUUCUAAGUUUAAUUAAACUAUGAUGCCAGAAAAUUCCCACCCAGAAGAAUACAGGAUUGCAUCACUGGUCUUCUACAGCUUUGUGUUCACAGUGGGAUUGUUGGUGAAUGCCACGGCACUAUGGGUGUUCAGCUGCACAACCAAGAAGAGAACAACUAUAACUGUAUAUAUGAUGAAUGUCGCAUUACUUGACCUGGUUUUUAUAUUUUCCUUGCCUUUUCGGAUAAUCUAUCAUGGGACAGAAAAGUGGCCUUUUGGAGAUACAUUCUGCCGGAUCCUCGGGGCUUUCACUGUGUUUUAUCCAGCCAUUGCUCUGUGGCUGCUGACUUUUAUCAGCGUAGACAGAUUUAUGGCUAUUGUUCAGCCCAAACAUGUCAAAGAACUAAAAAAUACAAAAAAAGCUGUGCUGGCUUGCACUGCAAUCUGGAUAAUGACCCUCUCAACAACAUCCCCAUUGGUGUUUUUACGAUCUGAUCCAGACCAAGCCUCAAAUUUCACUACCUGCAUGAAAAUGCUUGACAUCAUCCAUUUAAAGGAAGUAAAUACAUUGAAUUUUUGUCGUUUGAUUUUUUUCUUUUUGAUCCCCUUGUUUAUCAUGAUAGGGUGUUACCUAGUCAUUAUUUAUAAUUUUAUUCAUGGCAAGACUUCCAAACUGAAGCCUAAGGCCAAGGAGAGAUCCAUAAGAAUUAUAGUUACUCUGAUUGCUCAGGUACUCAUCUGCUUUGUACCCUUCCACAUCUGCUUUGCCUUCCUGAUGCUGCAAGAUGAAAACACAAGUUACAAACCCUGGGCAGCCUUUACCACCUUCCUCAUGAAUCUCAGUACGUGCUUGGAUGUUAUACUGUACUACAUUGUUUCCAAACAAUUCCAGGCAAGAGUCAUCAGCGUAAUCCUGUAUCGCAAUUACCUUCGAAGCAUGCGCAGGAAAAGUUUUCGAACUGGAAGUGUGAGAUCACUCAAUAAUAUGAACAGUGAAAUGAUAUAAAAAGAGAAAAAAUGUCAGGGGACUUUGACAAUGUAAACAAGGGAUUCUUUUUCCAAAUUCUAGCACUGGGCUACACAGAAGGAUGUUCUAUAACCAAAGAUAACAGAUAUAUAUGUUGCAUUGUAAAUACGAUGGAAUCGGAAUAAUAAUUGCGCUUCUUUUUAUUUGUUCAACAUCUUUUGCUGUUUCACCUGAAAUGAACUAAAUCUAGCAUCAGUGUUAAACUUUCCAAUGCUUUUAUCACCUCAAAUGUCUGUGAAUAUUGUCAGAUGUGAAAGUGACUAUUAAUAUAAUAAAGCAGACAACACUGAAGAAUUAUGAUGCAAUGCAUAUAUGAAUUUUUUAUAUUUGCAUAAUCAAAUGCUCCUGAAACUACUGUAUAUCCCACAUUUCUAAAAUUAGU